AUGUGGAAACGAGACAGUAGCGGAAAGGCAACAAACCGUAACUUUGCUAGCGCCGAUCCGCGGAUGAUUCAGCAGACAUCACAUGCCAACAGCCAACAGCCCUCAGGCGGUUUCGAUUUCGAUGUCGAUUUCACUCUUACCACGUCCCAGGCCGGUGACUGUAUCCGAUGUGAUCCGUGUCAGCCCUCCAUGAGCAGCUUCAUCACGUCGCUGUUGGUCGAACUCGGAAUCCGCUCCCCCCUCCCCCACCCCCAGGACCAGGCAGAGUCCUCCCGGGCACAAACAAAGCCGCCCACCGACGGAGAUCCCGUUCGCGACCCGGCCCAGGAUUGUGCUGCAUCGGACUUGCUUGGCGCAAAUGCAGGGUCUCUGCGUGGACCUCCCUUCUUUCCAACUCUACUGAAAGAUAUGGAUGGCCGAAGCUCGGAGCCGGAGCGCCGUCAACCCAUGCCUCACAAUAGCGACCUCCCCAGCCAGCCGAUCCCGGUCACCGCAAAUUAUCCCUCCCAUAACGCCCGAUCUGUCGAUUCGCAUACCACAGACCGGAUAAACAUCCAGUCCCAGAGUGGCCAGUUGGCAGGUUCACAGGAUGAGCUGUCAAGUACACAUGCUCGCUCGAGGCGCGAGUCGCAACCUGAGUCGGGGCAGGCCCCGAACGGUAUAGAUGAGCUGGGCCAGAUGUCACUACCCGCUGAUGAUGGAAUGGGAUGGCUUCGAAAAAAGAUCCAUGCGAUUCGGGAUUUGGAUCUCGACAAUAAUGAGAAAGCACGCAUGGUUCAUGAUCUUAUGACGGAGAAGUAUAAAUCUUGCCGCGUUACCAUACCGAAAUCUCCGACUUUAAGCCCUCCACAUAUGCAGCAUCCUGCCAGUCCGCCAACACCAGCAGUAUUGAGACUCUCGCCAGAUCCAUGCCCGACAAAACCCACCUUGGAUGUAUCAACCCUUGAAUACGAGAACCAAUUCUCGCUCACAGUCGAGGACUUGCAACCAACCUACGUCCCACGAGUGGAACCGGAAUCACCUGUGGUCGAGGCUGGUGAGGAGGACCCGGAUACGGAGGAAUUGGAGGAAGCCUCUUUGGGCUGCCAGCAUUACCAAAGAAACGUCAAGUUGCAGUGCUUCACUUGCAAGAAAUGGUACACCUGCAGAUUUUGCCAUGAUGAGGUUGAGGAUCAUCAUUUGAUUCGCAAAGAAACAGAAAACAUGCUUUGCAUGUUCUGUGGACAUGCUCAGCCCGCAGCACAAAAUUGCCGGAAAUGCGAGGAAACAACUGCACAGUAUUACUGUGAUAUUUGCAAAUUAUGGGACAAUGACAGCAAGAAAAGCAUCUACCAUUGCCAUGACUGUGGCAUUUGUCGCAUCGGCCAAGGACUUGGGAAGGAUUUUUUCCAUUGCAAGACAUGCUGUGUAUGCUUGCCUAUAUCUAUUGAAGAUACUCAUCGAUGCAUUGAGAGAUCCACACAAUGCGACUGUCCCAUCUGUGGUGACUACAUGUUUACUUCGCCAGAGACUGUCGUUGUGAUGCGAUGCGGUCACAGCAUUCAUCAUAAGUGCCUUUCUGAAUAUUCCAAAACGUCUUUUCGCUGUCCAAUUUGCAGCAAGACCAUCACCAAUAUGGAAUCAACGUUCCGAAACCUGGAUCGAACAAUCGAAAGUCAACCGAUGCCCGCGGAGUUCACUGAUACAAAAGGCCUUGUGUAUUGCAAUGACUGCGGUGCCAAGUCAGUUGUCAAGUACCAUUGGCUGGGACUGAAGUGUGAUUUGUGCGAGUCUUACAAUACAGCUCAAAUUCGCCUCCUGCAGGGUGACAUAUCCUCGUUUCUUGAAGAAGAAGGUGUCAACGAACCAGCCUCUCGUACACGGUCAUCGUCUCUGCAUGCCGGUGAAGAAGCAUCGACAUCCUUGGCUGCGCUACACAUGAACGCAACCCCGCCUUCGCAGUCUCGUCUGAGUGUUCCUAACACCACGGGUCCCGACAACCGCUUCGUCUCUUACAAUAUGACCCACGGCCGCGCAAUCUCACCGGUGGUCACCAAUUAUUUUGGUCUUCCAGCAGAGCGCGAAUCAGAGAAACCGUCGUCCUUGCCAUUUUUCGGUAACCCACUAAGAUCCGAGGGCGAUACAGACUAUGGUGCUUUGAACUUUCUAAGCAAAAAGCUGAGAGACCGUUAUGGCUUCCUCGCAGGCGAUACGCCAGCAGCCGAAGAAACUAAAGAGUUUGAAGAGGAGGAGGAAGAAGAAGAAGACGAUGAUGCCGCAGAAUCUUCGAUCUCCUCCGGUUCAGAAGAGGAAGCCGACGACGACGACGAAGACGAUGGGGUUGAGCCUAUCGACCUUUUCGGCCACCGAUGA